AAUCCUUAGCUAUAAAUACCCUUCACAGACCGUUCCAACUCCCAUCUCACACCUCCUUCUUCACCACUUGCACCACUCCAAUAUCUUCCAACUUCUCUCAUCACUACUCCCACGUUCAUAAUCAAAUCAUCUUCAACACUUAACCAAAAUUUCCAAAAAAAAAUGACAAACCCAACACCAAAACCUAGUCCUAGUCUUCUUAUUACCCUUCGUGUGAUCUUAGGUUGUUGGUUGUGUUCAUCCGUUGCAUUUGGAGCCACCUACAAUGUGGUCAAUUUUGGAGCCAAAUCCGAUGGCAAAACGGACUCAACCAAGGCAUUUCUCAAUGCAUGGUCCAAAGCUUGUGCUUCUACCAACCCUGCCUCAAUUUACGUGCCACAAGGAAAAUUCUUGCUUAAAAGUGUGACUUUCAAUGGGAAAUGUAACAACAAGGGUAUUUCUAUAACCAUUGAUGGCACUUUGGUGGCUCCUUCGGAUUAUAGUGUCACCGGAAGCGCCGGUACGUGGUUGGAAUUCGAGCGUGUCGACGGCGUUUCGAUUCGCGGCGGGGUGCUUGACGGCCAAGGCACUGCCUUGUGGGAUUGCAAGAACUCCGGCAGAGGAAACUGCCCCAGCGGAGCCACGACACUGGCGUUCACCAACUCCAAUAACAUUGCCAUCGGUGGGUUGACCUCAAUGAACAGUCAAAUGUUCCACAUAGUGUUCAAUGGAUGCCAGAACGUGAAGCUGCAAGGAGUGAAGGUCCUGGCCGACGGAAACAGCCCCAACACUGACGGCAUCCAUGUACAAAUGUCGUCCCACAUCACCAUCCUCAACUCAAAAAUCCGGACCGGCGAUGAUUGCAUCUCCGUCGGUCCCGGAACCACUAACUUGUGGAUUGAAAACAUUGCUUGUGGACCAGGACAUGGAAUAAGCAUUGGAAGCUUGGGAAAGGAUUUGAAGGAAGCCGGUGUACAAAAUGUGACAGUUAAAACUGUUACAUUUACUGGGACUCAAAAUGGUGUUAGAAUAAAGACAUGGGGGAGACCCAGUAACGGAUUUGUGAGGAACGUCCUUUUCCAAGACGCAAUCAUGGUCAAUGUUGAAAACCCCGUUAUAAUUGACCAAAAUUACUGCCCAAAUAACAAGGGCUGCCCCGAUCAGGCUUCUGGAGUCAAAGUGAGUGAUGUGACAUACCAAGACAUUCAUGGAACAUCUGCCACCCAUGUUGCUGUGAAAUUUGAUUGCAGUUCCAAGUACCCAUGUAAUGGGAUAAAGUUAGAGGAUGUGAAGCUCACUUACAAGAACCAACCAGCCCUAGCUUCGUGCAACCAUGCUGGUGGAGCAGCAUUGGGUUCGGUUCAACCAGAGAGUUGCUUUUAGAGCAAAAAAAUUACUAUAUGCACAAAAAAAUAAAAAAUAAUUACUAAGCAAAGAUUCUAAGUGGAAUCACUAUGAUUGUCCCUAGAGUCAUAGGACAAGAUAGGCAUAUACAAUGUAUCACUAUGUUUUUUGUUUUUAUGAGAAGUGUGAGGAAUGGAUGUAUCAUCAUGUUGUAGUUUCAGACGUUUUGUAGUUUUGGGUUUGUUGCCUGAUCCUGAGGCGUUUGUAGCCCAUUGGGCUACGGUGGGGCCUGGUCUUAUAAUUGUUAUAGACCGUAUGUGCUCCGAUUUUCUAUUACAUGAUUGUAUUUCUAUAAAAUAUACAAAUAUAUGUAGUAAACAAAAAGUUCAUGUGUUAAUGUAUAUUGGAUUUUAUAGUA